GUAGGAGGAGGGAGAGGAAGCGCAGCCCGCCCAGCACAGCGAUCCCAGGGAGGUGAGCUGUGUACAUCAGUCGGCCCUUCUGCUGGCACCGAGUCUGGGGAUCCGUACUCAGCUUGUGGUCACAUUUUAUUGAUGUCAGCAGAGCAGUCUGUUGUAGAAGACGGCGGAAUUGAACCACACAAGAUGACCAAUAUCCCGAUUGAUAAAUCCAAUCUUCCUCGGGUCAAUGAAGUUUGCCGUGACUUUGCCGUACUUGAAGAUGGUGCCCUGGCUCACUGCUUGCAAGAACAGGAAAUUGAACAGCAUUACGCCUCCAACGUGCGGAAGAAUAAACUGGUGCAGAAGGACAUCCGCAUUGCAAAACAGCUUCAGGAUGAAGAAGAUCUGCAGAGCAAAGUGUUUAGUUUGGAGCAGCAGAAACAAAUAGAGGAGCUGGACUCUGAAUAUGCUCGUGCUGUUCAAGAAGAGCUGCAGAGAAAAGCACAGGAAUGUUUACUGAGGGAAGAAGAAGAUAAGGAAAUAGCCAAAAGAUUGCAGCAACUUGAAGAGGAGGAACUUCAAAGGAAGGCACAAGAAAGCAUCAGCAAGUCCAGAGGAGAACACGGCUGUCUCCAACAUCAGCAGCAAUACCUGAAAUCUUUGGACAAUGACGAGGAGGAAGAUUACCUCUUCUGUAAUGAUAGUAAAAAGCACCCAAAUGUAUCAGAUUACAGACGUGUUCAGUGGAAUUCUGACCGGGACACUAACCUUAAACAUUCAGAGGAACAUCUCAGCAGAAUGAAUUCUGCUCAGAAAGGCAAUUUCAACAGAGUGUCCUUUGGUCAGAUUUCUUAUGAGAGUCACAACUCUAAAAAUGGCAGAACAGCAGAUCAUCGGAAAGAAUCCAGUCGCAGAGAGCAAAUUCAUGGUCCUUUCAGGGCUCCUAGAAACUCGUUGGAAAGAAGUCCGUGCCAUCCAAGCUGCAAUGAGAUUAAGCAUAGCCAUGAUAGGGAAGUAAGUCGAAAAGAGGAGAAAAUCAGGGGGUCCAGAGAAAAGCUUUAUAAGCCUCAUUCAGAAAGGUGCAGGCGCUCCAGCUCAGACAGCGAUGACUGUCCUGAAUACUGUGUCAGGGACAAACGAAGUCGACGUUCUCAGUGGAAUCAAAAUAGAGACCAUCGAAAACAUCGUUCCUCAAAAAACUCUUCCUCUAGGAUGCCAAGUCACAUUUUGAGUUCAGGUGAAGACUCCAGGCCUAGCUUUGACAUUGAACCACUUGAAUGGCAGAUGGCAGAGUUACAUGUUCAGAACCCAGAACAACUUUUACAAGAUGAAGAAUUGGCCCGCCAACUGCAGGAAGAGGAGGAGAAGCGUCUAGCAAAACUGAAACUUCAGAAACAGCAAGAAGAUUUUCGAGCCGCUCAGGUCGCACAAGAUGAGGAGAUUGCUAAGUAUAUUCAGAGACAGGAGCUGAAGGCCCAUAGACGGUCAGAAGAGCUGGAGUUACCAAGAGACAGUGACGAUGACAGCAGUAUUUGCAGCUUUUCUGAAAAGAGAAGCGUUGGAUUUAAGAAUGAAGUGCCUUCUUGUAACCAAGGGCGGCUGGACUCUGAAGGCCUGGCCUCUCCUGCCGAAUGUCGCACGCCAGAGAGAAUGGACGUUUCUGCAGCAGAAGGAAGCAUUGACCUGUCCAAGCUCCGGACACCCAGGAAUAUUGCGGAAGAACUCGAUCCUACGUUUAAAACGAAAAAGGAAUCUCCUAAUGAUGUGUUUGCAGUGUGUUCCCAAGAGUUUCCGGUCACUGGACCUACACCGCCUGUUCCAGUUGAUGGGUUUUAUGAUUUCAUGGAUGACGGCACUGAACCAAUAUUUAUACCACCAACAAAACGUCAGCCAGAGAAGUUGGGACGCAGUAAACCGAAAGACAAAAAGGAAGGCUGCAAGCAGCAGUGAUUUGUUCUUACUCUAGAUUAUCAUCCUUUUGCCAAACUGUGUGUUUUGUGUCAAGUCAGCAUUGUGGAUGUUCAAUGUUCAUCAACACAAGUGGUAUUAACUCAUUCAGGGAUGAAGAAGAUAAUCUGAUUUCUGCAUUCAGGUGCCUUAGGCAUUUUUUGACUCUAGAGAAUGGCUGAUUCAAUAUAAAGCCAAACAAUGACUUGUAUGUUUGGUGAUAAAGAAGCACAUAUUAGCAUCUUAUUGUCUGGUGCACCCUACAGGAUUAUUAUUCUUAUUAGCAGCAAUGAUUUCUGUGCUCUAAAGUGUGCUACUAUACUGACGUAUGACAAGGAUUUUGUUUUGGCUUGCACAUUUGGACCAUCAUAUAAAAUAAUUUACCAAUGAAAAAGAAGAAUGAAUAUGAAUGAUACAAUCGCAUAAGUAUUCAGAAAUAUUUACCUACAGAAUGUGAGAUUUAUUUUUUAUUUUUUAAAGCUAUUCCCAUGCUAUUUCUAUAUAUUUUUUUGUUUUCUCACUUUUUGGUCAACAUUACAUUAUAUUGUACCUCUGAUAUAUGUUGAACAAUCAUUGAAUUAAGAAUAAUACAGUGUUUGAUAUGAGUACAAUAUUUUUUUAAACAUUUGCACUGACACUUUUUUUUUUCUUAUUCUUUUCUUUUUCUAUUUUUACCCCUUUUUUCUAUUUCUUUUUUAUUAUUAUUAUUAUUCACUUCUUUCUGGUGCUUUUGUGUAUAGAUCCGAAAUGCCUUUAGAUCUUUACUUUGAAAAAAUGUUUUUGAUAUAAAAUAUAAGCAGUAUUAUUUA